AUUUUUUACUAUUUUAAGGAUCAUUUUGUGAAAUAAAAUUACUAAUUACCGUCCAGACUAAUUUUCCCUCAACGGAUCACUCUACUCUAUCCUCACUAUCUAGCUUUUCAUUCUGGUGACUAGAGCCCUCAUAAAUCUUCGAAACUCAGAAAACAAUUUUGCUCACUCUCCCAUCUCUAUUCGGAUGGAGUCCUCACUGUCAUUAACCGCCACAAUGGCGCUCCUAUCCCUUACCAAACCUCUAAAUUCCUCCAACUCUGCUCCCCUGAUUUCCCGUCUCCACCGCCAUUUUUCCACGGCUCGGCCUACUCAACUCCUCCAUCAUCCCCUCAGUCGCAUUCUUGUCAACGCGUCUUCCCGGAGGAAUAAUCGUUUUGCCUAUAAUUAUCUCCCGAGAAGUUUAUGGGCCCCAAAACUGCUCGGCUGCCGUGUGGACUGUGUUUCGAGCUCAGCCGCUUCGUUUGCCUCUGGGGGCGGAGGCUUCGGAGGAAACAAUGAUAGUAGUAGCGGUGGUGGUGGUGGAGGAGGAGGCCGUGAGGAUGGGAGAGGCACGCCUAACGCGGUUGCUGGAAGUGCUGAUGAUGCCUCUGUUUUGGCUACUGAUGUCAUCAUUCUUGAUGUUGGGGGAAUGACUUGUGGGGGAUGUGCUGCCAGUGUGAAGAGAAUACUGGAAAAUCAACCACAGGUAUCUUCAGCUAGUGUCAACCUUACUACAGAGACAGCUAUCGUAUGGCCUGUAACCGAAGCAAAAGUUGUGCCAAACUGGCAAACGCAAUUGGGAGAGGCACUUGCUAAACAUUUAACUAGUUGUGGAUUCAAAUCUAAUCUUCGAGAUUCCAGAAAAGAAAACUUCUCUCAAGUAUUUGAAAGAAAGAUGAAUGAGAAGCGUAUUCAGUUGAAAGAAAGUGGUCGCGGGCUUCUUGUCUCUUGGGCUCUAUGUGCUGUUUGUCUCAUUGGUCAUCUGUCUCACUUUUUGGGAGCUAAGGCUUCAUGGAUCCAUUCGUUACAUUCAACAGGAUUCCAUAUGUCACUAUCUUUGUUCACACUGCUCGGUCCUGGUAGAAAACUCAUAAGUGACGGCCUCAAAAGCCUAAUAAAUGGAGCUCCGAAUAUGAACACUUUAGUUGGUCUUGGGGCUGUUUCCUCAUUUACUGUAAGCUCAUUGGCAGCUUUGAUACCAAAGCUGGGUUGGAAGACAUUCUUUGAGGAACCAGUUAUGUUGAUUGCAUUUGUUUUGUUGGGGAGGAAUCUUGAACUAAGAGCUAAGUUAAAAGCUACUGGGGACAUGACAAGCCUGCUAAAUCUUUUGCCAUCAAAAGCUCGUCUUAUUGUUGAUGGUGCUCUUGAAGGGAUGAGCUCAACUGUAGAAGUUCCUAUAAAUAAUCUAUCUGUGGGGGACCAAAUUAUCGUGCUACCGGGUGACCGUAUUCCAGCUGAUGGUAUAGUUCGAUCUGGGAGAAGUACUGUUGAUGAAUCAAGCUUCACAGGAGAGCCGUUGCCUGUUGUGAAAUUACCAGGGGCGGAAGUUGCUGCUGGAUUUGUUAAUUUAAAUGGGACACUUACCAUUGAAGUGAGAAGACCUGGGGGAGAGACUGCCAUGGGGGACAUUGUUCGUUUAAUUGAAGAAGCUCAAGCCAGAGAAGCUCCAGUACAGCGGCUUGCUGACAAGAUUGCUGGACACUUCACUUACGGUGUAAUGGCACUUUCAGCUGCCACGUUUAUGUUCUGGAGCCUUCUUGGUCCAGGUUUCCUGCCAGCCACUCUCAAUCAAGGAAGUUCAGUUUCACUGGCAUUGCAGCUGUCUUGCAGUGUUCUGGUUAUUGCAUGCCCAUGUGCACUUGGACUAGCAACACCUACUGCGGUUCUGGUGGGAACCUCACUUGGCGCUAAACGAGGAUUGCUUUUGCGUGGUGGAAGUGUCCUGGAAAGGUUUUCAGCAGUCAACACUGUUGUGUUUGAUAAAACAGGCACACUGACACUUGGCAGGCCUGUUGUGACAAAAGUUUCUACUCAAGGAUUUGAAGACAAUAUGGGUUCAAGACGAGAUUCAGAUAUUCAAUGGUCAGAAGCUGAUAUUUUGAAAUUAGCUGCUGGAGUUGAAUCUAAUACAAAUCACCCUGUUGGGAAAGCAAUUGUUGAUGCUGCUCGGGCAGCAAACUGUGCAGUUGUCAAGGUUGAUGAGGGAACGUACAUGGAAGAACCUGGAUCUGGUGCGGUAGCAUAUAUUGAAAAUAAAAGGGUGUCUGUUGGUACUCUGGAUUGGACUAAAAGGAAUGGAGUGAUUGAAAAUAUAUUUCAAGAACUUGAGGAAUUCAAGAACCAGACUGCUGUUUACGUGGGAGUGGAUAGCAAUCUUGCAGGUGUAAUUUAUGUGGAGGAUCAGAUAAGGGAAGAUGCCAAACAUGUUGUUGAAUCUUUGUCUAAGCAAGGAAUAAGUACUUACCUGCUGUCAGGGGAUAAGAAGAAUGCUGCUGAAUAUGUUGCAUCUGUUGUUGGCAUAUCAAAGGAUAAGGUUUUGUAUGGAGUCAAACCAGAUGAAAAAAAGAAGUUCAUAAGCAGACUUCAGAAAGAAGAGAACAUUGUAGCUAUGGUUGGUGAUGGAAUUAAUGAUGCUGCUGCUUUGGCAUCAUCACAUGUUGGAGUUGCAAUCGGUGGAGGUGUUGGAGCUGCUAGUGAGGUUUCUUCCGUUGUGCUGAUGCAGAACAGGUUGUCUCAGUUACUUGAUGCUCUGGAACUAAGCAGGCAAACAAUGAAAACUGUGAAGCAAAACCUUUGGUGGGCAUUUGCAUACAACAUUGUAAGUUCAUCGUAUCUUUUGUGAUUGACUGCAACGAACAUCAGAUGCUAGACUAUAGUAAGACACAAGUUCUUAAAAAACCGUGGAAGAUAUGAUUAUUAACUGUAUUUACAGAUAUCAAACUUGUGUUCAGGAAACUGACCUAUGGUUACUUCCAUUGUGUGGCCAUUGUUUUUGUGCAUCCCUAUUUUAAUUCCUGACAAAUGGUCAUGUGAUUGACCUUGUUAUGGAGUCUGCAAAAGUUUAUUCUUGCGAUCUUCAGGUUGGAAUUCCAAUAGCUGCUGGAGUGCUAUUGCCGGUUACUGGAACUGUGCUAACUCCUUCAAUUGCGGGGGCCCUCAUGGGAUUAAGCUCUGUGGGAGUGAUGGCAAAUUCUUUGCUUUUGAGAUUCAAAUAUGGAUCAAGGGAGGAGGAAAUUGCUGGACCGUCCCUGAAGAUUGACAUCCCUCAGGAUGCUGUUAAUGCAGAAGAUCAAGACAAAAAACUAAAUGACCCAUAUGUAUCCACAAGAUGCUGAGUGCCUUGCCAAUUGGAAACUGAAUCAGGUUUUUGUGGUUAGUGCAGAACUCCAUGGAUUCCGAUAUUCUCGACAUUGCCUUCUUGGUUGAAUUGAAAGCUGUUGGACUAUGUGAUAAAGAGUAUUCCCAAGGGGAUGUCUGAGGGGGUGGUCUACUGCUGGAAAUUUUGGUAGAUCACUACUGAUUCAAAAUUUGAAGCGCAGUGGUGAAGGGAAAGCUUGCGCUCAUCUCAGGGGAACAUUGUGGUAGGGGUAGCUGAAAGGUCUCCCUACUAUUAGUGUGAAGGGCAAUCCAGUUAAGCUAAGUAAAGCUUCAUGAGUUCAUCACGUUGUUCUGAUUUAAUGUCAUAUUUCCAUCCCUUAUUUUCCUUGCAUAACCGACUCCCAUCACAUGAAUCUCUGGCCACUUUCGGCGUUGUUUGAAUAGCAUAACCAAUGAAAAGAGAGCUCAACAAUACAUUCUCCUAUAUACUUGUUUUAAUAAAAAUAGUUUCUUUUGUGUUGUUAAUUACUACCCCAUAUGAUGUGGAAUGUGUAUUGGCCCUCACCAGCUCUGAAUAGUAGUGCAUACACGCUGAAACUCAAGUUUUGUUAUUUGAUCAUCUUAAUUAGUUAAAGAUAUGAAGUUGG